AUGGAAGACUCACAAAUUCCUAGUUGGUGUUCAGAUGAAGGGUUUUCAUGCAACGAUGAAGGAAAAAGCAGUGGUGUUGGUGGAAUUCUUUCAUCACCGACACGUAGCACAUCGGACUCAUUUGGUCAGGAUGAAGCGGGUGAAGGUGUUGGUCUGAAUAGUAUGGAUGAUGCUGCAAAUAUUUUGUGGGAUUCUUUGAACGAGACCGAGUUUUUGAAGUAUCAUUUUAUUGAUCGGCAAGUAGCGUAUGAGUUUUACAACUUCUAUGCUAGAGUGAAGGGUUUCUCAAUAAGAAGAAGCAAGAUUUUGAGAAACAAGAAACGUGUAAUUAUCAGGCAAGACUUUGUGUGUCACAAGGAAGGUUUUCGUAAAGAAAAAAACAGAAAGAGGCAAAAUCGUAAACGUGAAACUAAAGUAGAGACAAGGUGUGGAUACAGUGCAAGAAUGAGGGUCCGGUUGUUGGCUAAAAGUGGUCGGUGGCAGGUGUCAAGAUUUGUGGAUGUUCACAAUCAUGCAAUGUUACAGGGAAAUCAAUAUUCAAUGUUACCAGCACAUCGUAAGUUAAAAGUAGGCGAUAUAGUGGAGAUGAAUAGUAUGCGAAAAGCUGGAAUUAGCACGACAUACAUCUACAAUCUAAUUGCUGACCAAUCUGGUGGUUUUGAUAAAACCAAUUUUUUGAAGGUAGACAUGUUUAAUCAAAUGACAAAGCAAAAACAGAAGGAACAUUGUGAUGCGAAGGCUGUUUUGGUGUAUCUGAAGGAACUUGCUUCCGGUGAUCCUGGGAUGUAUUGGUCACACCAUGUUGAUGAGGAGGGGAAUUUAAAACAAUUGUUUUGGGCUGACGGGAUUAGCCGAUUGGACUUCCAGGUGUUUGGGGAAGUUCUUGCAUUUGAUGCUACAUACCGGAAGAAUAAAUAUGGUUGUCCCAUUGUUGUUUAA